GAGGCAGGACAAGCAGCUCCACUCUGCGUGUUCAGCCCUCCGGACUCCUUCCUCCUCCUCCUCCUCCUCCUCCUCCUCUCAUCCUCCUCCCGUGGCUCUCUGCCUGCUGAUGCUUACUGGAGGUGAAGCUGCGCUUCUCUUGCGUUCAUCCCGGUAAAUUCAUCCCGGAUCGACCUCAGUUCUUCCUCCUUGUUUUUUUCUUUAUUUGCAUUUUUGACCUGCCGUCUCUGAUGACAGCGCAGGUGAUCAGUUGUUACCAGACAAACCCUGAGUGAGACGGAGGGAUUCAGACCCAGAAGAGUCCACGGGAACACGGGGAGGGAAGCUGCAACUUCUCGGGAUUGUGUCCGCCGCUCGGAACUCAGAUUCUAUCGGCACCGGAGCGGCGGCUUCGUUUCAUCCAGACAUGGAUUUUCUGGACCUGCGGUUCUUCAACAGCUCCUUUUUCAACGAAAAUUUCACCGAUGACUUCAACAAGACGGAGACAGAAGCCCUGCUGCCAGCGGGAUUCAGGGUCACCAUCGUGGUCGUCUACAUGAUCGUCUGCGUCUUCGGCCUGGUGGGAAAUUUCCUGGUCAUGUACGUCAUCAUCAGAUACACAAAGAUGAAAACAGCCACUAACAUCUACAUCUUUAACCUGGCCCUGGCCGACUCCCUGGCCCUGGCUACGCUGCCUUUCCAGGGCACCGAUGUUUUCCUGGGCUUCUGGCCUUUUGGAAACGCUCUCUGUAAGACCGUGGUGUCUUUCGACUACUACAACAUGUUCAUCAGCACCUUCACUCUGACGGUGAUGAGUAUGGACAGGUACGUGGCCGUCUGCCACCCCGUCAAGGCGCUGGACAUGAGGACGCCCCACAAGGCCAAGGUGGUGAAUGUCUGCGUGUGGGUGCUGGCCUCAGCCGUUGGCGUCCCAGUGAUGGUGAUGGGAAACGUGGAGGUGGUGGGRGAGGACAACAGUACUGAGUGCAUUUUGGUUUUCAAUGAACCAAAGGAUCAGUGGGAACCUAUUUUUGGCACCUGCGUCUUCCUCUUCUCCUUCCUCAUCCCCAUGGCCAUCAUCAGCAUCUGCUACAGCCUGAUGGUGAAACGCCUUCGAAACGUUCGCAUCCUGUCUGGCUCCAAGGAAAAGGAUCGGAACCUGCGGCGCAUCACCAGGAUGGUCCUGGUGGUGGUGGCGGCGUUUGUCGUCUGCUGGACGCCCAUCCACAUCCUGGUCCUGGCUCAGUCUCUGGGCUUCAUCCUGAGGAGCAUGUACGCCGUGGUCAUGUUCCACUUCUGCAUCGCUCUGGGCUACAUCAACAGUGGCCUGAAUCCCGUGCUCUACGCUUUCCUGGACGAAAACUUCAAGCGCUGCUUCCGUGAGUUCUGUCAGCCGUCUCCGUUCCGCCUCGACACCCAGCAGUCAGGCAGAAUGAGGAGCAUCGCCAGGGAGGUGGCAGCGGCCUACAGCUACAAGGGCGGGGACGGCAGGGGUCCCGGCGCGGGGACGGCGAAUCCAGCAUGACUAGGCGUGGAGCUUCCUUUGGUGGGGGUCGUCCCCUCGCAGAGGGGAGAGACUCAUGGGACAGGGAACUCCAACACAGAGCUGACUCAGAUCACGGCUCUCUAGCGGCACGAGCCCUCCCGCCCCCCAACUCGCAGACUGGCAUGGGGCGGGGGGGAGGGAGACGAGGAGGAUGGGUUUGAAAGGAAAAGAAUUUAGGAAAGACGUUACGAACACAACAUCUGACGGCGCAGAGAGCCUAGAAAUACCAACUGCUUCGAUGGGACAACUGGUGGGUGUUGUUGGUUUGACGUGCCUGACAUGGACGGAGCUCAGCUGUGGCCCAAACUGGGCAAAGUUACACCUGCUGGUGUAUUUUAAACAAACGUUCUGCUUAAGGAGUCAACUUUGAUCACAAAACCAGUGUAAGUAUCUAAAGGUUUGGGUUUUUAGCUCAAACCUUCGUGGGCACACACUACAGGAGAAUGCUGCUCCUCCACAAAACUGCCAAACCUUCUGGUUACAAACUCCCGUUUUGAGAAAGCAUUUGAACAGCAGCAUUGGUAGCAGCCACAGACACCAAAUCUGUGAAACCGUCCAAGCACUGCCUUGGUUAUGGAGGAGAGUAGAACAGCAGCGGCUGACGURCGGAUCGGCUCUCUAGCAGUGAGAACCACAAACUGAAGGCUGCUAAAGAAAAGUCUGGUCCAAAUGUGAAACAGAGUAUUCAUCACUGCUGUGUGCUGCAGCCCUUCCAAGUUCAUGUUUGGUCUGGAGYACUUUCUUUUGGUCUGGAGUACUUUCUUUCCAUCRUCAGUGUUGGAYGAAAGGCCUGCAGUGCUCUGCUGUCGCCAGCAGGAGGCCGUUGCUGUUCAGGUCGUACUAAGAGAUGUUUACGUUUUGUUCUGAGCUCUUAUCGUUUAUGACACUGGAGUAGACUAGAGGUUGGAUUAUAAAUGUGUUUUCCAAUUAAUUGGGUURAUAUUAGAACAAAGUGAGGUUACUUAYUCUUGAACUGUUAGGUCACAUGAUUGCCAUUAGUCUUAUAAACCAAAUCUUUAAAGGUGUUUAGAAAGAACAAAAGCCUUAGGGAUGUUGUUGUUUACCAAGUUUGAGAGUUUCUUUGUUUUUAUGACAGCAGAGAAUAUAAAGUGCUCUGGGUGAAGGUUGGGUGACCAGGAGUUGGACCUGCAUAGCUUUUAGAAAACUUGAGUUCUGAUCCAUUAAAGUGGACAAAAUUUAGGGAAACAGCAACAACAUGAAMAAUUUGAUUUGCUAACAAUCCCAAAAAAGUCCAACCAUUUGACCCCCRAAUGACCCAGAACACAUUUCAGCCAGAAAGAUAAAGCUAAAUAAGACAUAAACUGCUGCAAUUUGGAAAAUAUAUAACCCAUAUUGUUUUAUAUUUUCAAUAUUAAAGACAUAAAUGUUGAUAUCUAACAUCGAUGUGGACCUGGUCACCCUGAGGAGGAAAACAAUCAACUGAAAGCAAAGACUGACACUGACUGGGGUUGGACCAAGGUUCUGAAUAGUUUUAUAUAUUUAUGUUAUUAUCCUGUAUGGAUCAGAAUAACUGACUGUUUGAGAUGAUUUUUCUGGGUCGACUCUGAAUGGACUCAGAUUAUUAUGCAGCCAUGCGCUUUGCAAAUUAGAGCUGAAAUUGUGCAACAAAUAAAUUAUAUUGUAUUCUGUUACCUGGGUUAAAAAAAUACUAUUUUAUUUGACUAACCGGUUCUGUAAAUUAGAUGUAACAUUGGAUUCAGAAACAUGGCUAAUUAUGUGGAAUAAAAUAGGAAUAGUCGGAAUCUACGAGYCAAAACUUUUGAGAAAAUUGUUUAAAUUAAUUUUUAAGAAAAUCCAAAAAUUUACAGCAUAUGGAUAUUUCUUUUCGUCAUGUUUAUCUUCAAAUUUAUGAAUAGAUAUGACAAAAUUUUAAAAUUUUACUUCCAGCAUAUCAAAGAAAAGUUACACAAAGAGGAUGCUGGAAAUGCUUGGAUGUAGAAAUGAAUACAAAGGCUCAGGAAAUCCAGUUUAAACACCACGAGCAUCUAAACCUGCAGGUUUGGAUCUCAUCCAGAUUCGCUCUGCGGCCGACGUGAGACUGAGGCGAUUUAGACACACCAGGCAGAAAUAAUACAACCACUGACCAAUCAGUUCUGAUGAUCUGAGUUGCUUUAUUAUUAUUAUUAUUAUU